AUGAUAUCUUUGCCCGAAGCUUCGCUUUUAGCGUUGUUCCUAGAGACUUUGUUUUACGGCGUGUUCUUCACUUUUUACUGGUUGACCCUGGGCAUACUGGUCAAGAAGUAUGGUAUUCAACGGGACCUCCUUCUCCCGGUAGCAACCUUGCUGCUUUGCAUUGCAACGGCUCAUCUAAUUAUCGAUUUCAUUCGAGCGCUAGAGGCGUUCGUUCUCAACGUGGAUACAAUCGGCGCGGAUGCCUACUACUCCAACCUCGCUUCGCCAUUGGAACUCGCAAAAACCGCACUUUACGUCACGCAACCUACUGUCGCUGAUAGUGUCCUUGUUUGGCGAUGCUAUGUGCUCAACAAUAGAAGCCUCUUGGUUGGCAUUCCUGGUUGUAUCGCGUUGUUAACCAAUGGCGCGAUUGGGUACUAUAUUGUCUGGUCCCUUUCUCGAACCGUCGCAGGGACGACUGUUUACACCACCAUUCCUGGGUUGAUCACAACUUUCUACAUAUUGACCAUGCUUAUCAGUAUCGUUUGCACUACUUUGAUCUCCUGGCGCAUCUGGCGCAGUCGCCGUUCCACCUCAGGCGGCUCCGCUGAUAUUUUACCCGUGCUGAUCGUCAUUGUCGAAGGCGGCGCUAUAUAUGCUACCAGUGUCCUUGCACUCCUUCUAGCAUUCUUGACGGGAUCAAACGGCCAAUACCCCGCGAUGGAUAUUGGCCCUCCUGUUGUGGGAAUCAUAUUCUGCCUCAUCAUCCUGCAAGUACACUUCCGUGUAGGUAACAACUCCCAACCCAGCAGCCCAUUAAAAUCCUUCACCGAUCUCUUUGGAGAAGAGCAGAACGUGGGCUAUGGCAUAGAAUCGAUGAUUGAGGAGACAGAUCAUUCAGUUUGACGUGAUGCACAGCCAACGACUCUCAGGAGAUGACUGUUAAUUGUUUUGGAAGUUGGGCCAAUGUUUAAUUUUGCGCGGGCGUAUGUUUACUAAUGUCCAUAUAUCCUCUCAUUGUGUUCUGCUG